AUGGUCCAUUCCCACUUCCCUGCAGACCCGGAAUGGAAGGUGUUGUUGCAGGACCAGCUCGUUAAGCAGCCAGUGAACUUCUUCCAGCUUGCAACGGUAGCGGAGGCGUCGGUGCCGCAUGUCAGGACAUUGACCUUGAAGGGAUUCUUAGGCGAGACAAGCUACUCAAAAAAGAGCCAAAUACCUGAAGAAUCGCGCAAUCCAUCUGCACGGUCGGAUGUGUUCUUCAUCACUAGUAACGCCCAGCAAACGAAGUUCAAAGACCUGGCGUUUUCCAAUCAGGUGGAAGCAGUAUUCUGGAUCGCACCUGCGGGAACGCAAUGGCGGAUUCGCGGUCACGCCGUUGUGAUUGGAGGUAAAGGUGAACUCGAAGCUACAGGCCGAAAAGAACUCCAUAGACACCUCACUACAUCUGAUCCUAGCUGGAGCUGGGAGAAGGAGUUACAGAAGAUAUAUGAUGGCCUAGAUGCGAAAUCCAGGGAAAGCUUUGGGGAAUCUGAGGAGAUAUCGGAGGACUUUAGACUUUUGGUAGUGGUGCCAGAGCACAUUGAGGCAGAUAUGCUGAAACCGGAAGAGAAGAAAUUGCACUGGGCGGUGGAGGCAGAAGUUGCAUCCAAGGUCUAA